AUUUUAAAACAGGCAGAGACAAUAGUUGUUCCAUUAUAAGAAGACCUUUGGAAGAGUUGGAAGAGCUUUGAUGAGUUAUGAGUUUGCACUGUUAAAGUGGAGAUUGAUAUCCAUAAAAAUAUACCAUUCCAUUGCAGAGUACUGGGAUGAAAGUAAAGUCUAAGACAAUGGGCUUCUUUCUUAUUCUACUGCAUCUGGGCUUGCAGCUCCCACUCAGUCUUUCCUGUCCAAGUAGCUGUGUGUGCCUUCCAAAUGGGGAUGUUUCAUGCACCGGUAACAUCACCGAAAUCCCACAUCUGAAUGCCCAUGAAACUUUCCGCUUAAUUCUCAACAAAACUCACAUAGCAGUCCUUAAUUCCCAUAGUUUUCAGGCUCUUGCUCUUUUACAGCGUCUUCAAAUUAGCCACAGUCCUCUUGCCACUAUCCACCCAGAAGCCUUUUACAAUGCUUCUCAACUCCGGUCAAUUGUGUUGUCAUCUAACUCCAUCUCGGUCCUUCCAUCAAGUGUGUUCAGCAGUCUGGAGGAACUACAGCAGCUUCACAUGGAUAGUAAUCAACUGAUGUCUCUCCACGCAGACAUGUUUAAACAGCUGGCCAAUCUCAGAAAUCUAGACGUCAGCAAAAACAAAAUUGCAAAUUUGGAUGCCAGAAUCUUCCAGGAUUUGACAAGCUUAGAACACCUGAACCUGGCUGAGAACUUACUACAAGAGAUCCCACGCAUGUUGUUCCACAAGCUUAAGCAACUCAAGUCCCUAAUACUGUACUCCAACCAACUGAAGACUAUAGAGGAAGGUUCCUUUGAUCAUUUGCACAACCUGAUAACGCUCAUGCUACAUAAAAACCAAAUCCACGCAAUCCCACCUCAACUUUUUUGGCACAUGCCUUCCCUGUUAACCCUGACUCUGUCUACCAACCAACUUCGUUAUAUUCCAAGAGAGACCUUUUACUAUCUACCCAACCUUACAAAACUUACACUCUACAAAAAUCCUCUACUCUCUCUGCCAGACCAGCUAGUAGGUCACAUGCCAAGACUUCAGGAACUCUACUUGUAUAAUACUAAUCUUACCACUGUGCCCUGGAACCUUUUUGCUAACAUGACUGGCCUCAGGGCUUUAAAUUUCCACUAUAAUGAGAAGCUCUCCUCGCUACCAAAAGACCUCUUUUGGUCCUUGCCCAGACUUCAAAAACUAUCUUUAAGAUUCAACAUACUUCAGGAUCUACACCGAGAUCAGUUUUCAGCCCUAACCAAUCUUAAGACGCUAUUGCUCAGUGGUAACAAGUUCAAGUCCCUUUCAGCAAAGCUCUUUCAAAAUCUCCAAAGCCUAACCUAUCUUGAACUGAGAAACAACGACCUGGAUUACCUCCCGGGAGAUAUUUUUGUACAUGCCACUUCACUGAGUUCUCUUACGCUUGGAAAAAACAAGUGGAAUUGCACAUGCAAUAUUCUGGACUUUGCAGAAUGGAUUAGUGAAAAUCAAAAUAUAGUUACUGACCUAUACGAUGUCUUAUGCCGUACACCUUACUACUUAUUUAACAAACAACUGGUGGCAUUAAAUAGUGACAGUCUGAAAUGUGGCGUCACCUCUAUAAGAGACCUCCAUGUUGCUGUGAGCACUACAGGAAUUUAUACUUCGGUAAGAACAACGACAGCAGCUUUCAGUGACAAAGUAGCCACUAGCAAUGUUGAUUCAAAUACCCUCUUACCAACCACUACUCAUUCAGUACAUCUGAACACACUAACCUCUUCUACAAGUAAGGAGGUACAUACAGAGGCAAUCAAGUCCAGUGUAUUCUAUGACACCCUGGUCCUUGUUAACGGUCCUGAUAUCAUCCAUAACAAUCGGCACCAACGCUGGGUGUACCUGUGGAAGGUACCUGCUACUGGACUGUACAGUGGGUUUUUGAUGGCUUUGCAUGUUGUUAUCGUGGUCACUGGUGUUCUCCUGAUCAUAGCCAAUGCUUAUGCACUUUUCCAUCUAUACAAGGCUCUGUAUAAAAUAGGUAAGCCUCUUAAAGUUCAGACAAUCGUAACUAAACGAUUGCGGCGUUUUAAGGACAAACUCUAGAAAAAGUACAUUGCAGUUCGUUUUAUUAUUCAUUUCUAGCCACAAUGUGUCUGUUGUCCUGACUCAUUAUGACUUUACUGUGCCUGCUUGAAUACUGAGUGUUAAUUACAACAUCAUGUUAAUAUUAUGAUGUGUGCAACCUGUUUUCUGGAGACAACUCCUAAAAUAUAUACAGUACAAAUUCGUUUUUUUUCCCACAUAUGUGUAAUUCAGAAUCCAAGUCAGUUAAUCACUGUUAUAGAUCUUGAAUACAAUAAAAUGUGAUCUGAUUAAAUUA